AUGCGCAGUCGAGGCGCCGGGGUUGGCGGGCGGGGCCCGGAGCCCUGCGAGGCCGCCUUCCCGGAAGUGUGGAACGUCUCUGGCCGGGGCGGCGCCGCCCCGGCGGAGCCGCAGGUCUCGGUCGUGGAAGCCGUGUCGUCCCUGACCAUCGCGGACGCGUUCGUUGCGGCCAGUGAGGGUCCUGCCCCGACGCGCCCCGCGCUCCCCAGCAGAUUCAUCUGCUCCUUCCCCGACUGUGGCGCCAGUUACAACAAAGCCUGGAAGCUAGAUGCGCAUCUGUGCAAGCACACGGGGGAGAGGCCAUUUGUGUGUGACUAUGAGGGCUGUGGCAAGGCUUUCAUCAGAGACUACCAUCUGAGUCGGCAUGUCCUGAUUCACACUGGCGAAAAGGCGUUCGUUUGUGAAAAUAAUGGCUGUAAUCAGAAAUUCAACACAAAAUCGAACUUGAAGAAACACAUUGAACGCAAACAUGAAAACCCACAAAAACAGUAUACAUGCGGGUUUGAAGGUUGCACGCAGGCCUUUAAGAAACACCAGCAGCUGAAAACACAUCAGUGCCAGCACACUGGCGAGCCACUCUUCAGGUGUCCCCAGGAGGGAUGUGGGAAGCACUUUGCCUCACCCAGCAGGCUGAAGCGGCACAUGAAGGUUCACGAGGGCUAUCUAUGUCAGAAGGGAUGUUCUUUUGUGGCAAAGACAUGGACAGAGCUUCUGAAGCACAUGAGAGAAGCUCACAAAGAGGAAGUCAGCUGUGCAGUAUGCCAGAAGACAUUCAAGCGCAAAGACUACCUUAAGCAGCACAUGAAGACUCACGAUUCAGAAAGGAUGGUGUACUUCUGUCCGAGACAAGGCUGUUGGAGGACCUACACAACUGCCUUCAACCUGCAGAGCCACAUUCUUUCCUUCCACGAGGAACAGCGUCCAUUUGUGUGUGAGCAUGAUGGCUGUGGCAAGACGUUUGCAAUGAAACAAAGCCUCAUGAGGCAUAGCGUUGUGCACGAUCCUGACAGGAAGAGGGUGAAGCUCAAAGUAAAGCGGCCUCAGGAAAGACGGAGCUUGGCCUCUCGCCUCAGUGGGUACUUCCCUCCUAAAAGGAAACAAGAGGCAGACUCCCCCAUGUCUAAAAAUGCAGACUUCAGCAGCAGCCCAGAAGGCAAGAUGCUGGUGCCAGAUACAUCAUUUACCCUCCACUAGGUACCACUGGCUGCGAGAGGGUCUCCAGGGCAGCCAGCAGGAGCUUCUUCACAAGCCUGCAUUUUUUUAUUAAAGUCCCUGACACAGCACAUCUGA